ACUAGCAUGAGCAAUCUUUGAGUUCUUCCUUCCAACUUCUCGAUCACUUAUUAUACAGGUGUAACACACGUGUUCAGAAACUAGACGUAUCACUUACUUUGUGUUGUAUGAUUCGUCAAUGUAGGGUUCAAAUGGUGAGAAAUGGAGAUGAGGAGGAUCAAGAGAGGGGAGGAGUUACGCGAGGGGAAUCAAGAGAGUAUGCAUUCAAGGACGAAUAUGUGCCUCCGUGGCAGAAACAGAUAACGUGGAGAUCAAUGGUGACCGGACUGAUCUUGAGCAUUGUCUUCAACUUCAUCGUUUGCAAACUCAAUCUCACAACUGGUGUUAUCCCUUCUCUCAAUGUAGCAGCUGGACUGUUAGGGUUCGCGGGGGUUAGAUCAUGGACUGUUGCUAUUGACAAGUUUGGAUUGUUGAAGCAGCCUUUUACUAGGCAGGAAAAUACUGUUAUACAGACGUGUGUCGUUGCUUCUUCUGGCAUUGCAUUUAGCAGCGGAACAGCAAGUUAUAUGUUGGGAAUGAGUCCGUAUAUAGCAGAACAAUCAGGGGCAGGAAAUACCCCGAAUAAUACUAAGAAACUUUCUGUUAGUUGGAUGUUUCCUUAUCUAUUUGUGGUUAGUUUCGCGGGGCUUUUCUCCAUUGUGGCAUUGAGAAAGUUGAUGAUAAUGAAGUAUAAGUUAACAUAUCCUAGUGGAACUGCAACUGCAUAUCUUAUCAACUGUUUUCACACUCCAAAAGGAGCUAAGCUCGCGAAGAAACAAGUGAGUUCAUUGUUCAAAUCGCUUGGGUUCAGCUUUGUAUUCGCGGCUGUUCAGUGGUUAGUUGCACGGGAUGAAGGGUGUGGAUUUGGUAGCUUGCAUACAUUUGGUGCUCAAGCUUAUGCUAAAAGGUUCUAUUUUGAUUUUUCGUCUACGUAUAUUGGAGUUGGUAUGCUUUGCCCUUACAUGGUCAAUAUAUCAUUGCUAAUUGGUGCUAUAGUAUCAUGGGUUAUAAUGUGGCCAAUGAUUGAAGCAAAGAAAGGGAUAUGGUACUCUGCUGAUUUAUCCGCGACAAGUCUUCAUGGUAUUCAAGGAUACAGAGUAUUUAUCGCCAUUGCCAUGAUGCUUGGUGAUGGUAUUUACCAUUUUGCCUACAUGUUGGUGGUUACAAUCUUAAGUUUCACGAGGAGGAAGAAUCCUCGGAAAGAAGAUGAAGAAGAGGAUGAUGACAAUAAGAUACAGAACGAGUACUUCUUGAAAGACCAGAUUCCUAACUGGGCAGCAGCUCUGGGAUACGCUUGUAUUGUAGUUGUAUCUAUCAUUGUGAUACCGAUUAUCUUCCCCUCACUCAAAUGGUAUAUGGUUUUGGUUGCAUAUUUGAUCGCUCCUAUUUUGGCCUUCUGCAAUUCUUAUGGAGCUGGUCUUACUGACUGGUCCCUUGCCUCAAAUUACGGAAAAAUUGCAAUCCUCACGUUUAGUUAUUGGGUUGGUUUGGAGAACGGUGGUGUGAUUGCUGGGCUCGCUUCAUGUGGUUUGAUGAUGUGCAUAGUAGACACAGCUUCUGGUUUGAUGGGAGAUUUCAAAACUGGUUACUUAACCCUUUCAUCUCCGCGUUCCAUGUUCUUUAGCCAACUCAUUGGAACUGCUAUGGGUUGCAUCAUAACCCCUCUAGUCUUCUCAAUUUUCAACACUGCCUAUACCUUAGGUGAUCCAAACGGUCCAUACCCUGCACCAUAUGCUCUCAUGUAUCGUGGGAUCGCCUUACUUGGAGUCGAAGGUUUUGAUAGUCUACCCACUCAUUGCCUCAUCCUCUCUGUUUGGUUGUUUGUAGCUGCAAUACUCAUCAACCUAGUCACUCAGGCGCUGAAGAAAUGUGAGACCAAGUAUAGAAUUUAUCGAUUCGUUCCUAGUCCAAUGUGUAUGGCUAUACCAUUUUACCUUGGAGGGUACUUUGCCAUUGACAUGUGUUUAGGUUCAUUGAUCCUUUUCUGUUGGCAAAUGUAUAACAAACAGAAGGCAAAAGAUUUUGGAUCUGCAGUGGCUUCUGGUUUAAUAUGUGGCGACUCCCUGUGGGGAAUUCCAGCAUCUAUUCUUGCUCUAGCUGGUGUCAAAGCUCCAUUUUGCAUGAAAUUUUAGUCAGUUUUACAUGUUGUUUUAAGGUAUGGUAUUUUACUAUUUACUAGUGUUAAGACAAGUUGUGUUUCUAUAUGUUGUUCUUGUUUUGAAAUUCAUAAGUCAUUUGCAUAGACAAUUUAUGAUUUGUUAGCAAAAUACUGCACACUCUAUUUUGGUUUUAUGUUUUGUAUUGAUAGUAAUGUGUACUUGGCUUAGCCGUGUAAUGUAGAGUAUACAUAGAUCUUACCUGUAUCUUGUGGAGUUAGAGAGGUUGUUUUCGAAAGACAAAAGGAGGCUAAAGAAAGAAAAACAUACACUUGACAUGUUAAAAGUUUAGUCACAAACUUGACUUUGUAAACUUAGAGCUGACAGUUAAUCACUCCAGGACUUCAUCACACCUCACAGAGUGAUUCAGGUUCACACUCUUUUAUCAUUCACAGCAUUAGGCACACAAUAUCACUGGACAA